CUGCUUUCAUUUGCUGACUAAACCCAGUGCACAAACAAGGACUCACUAAAGAGUGAAAACCUGUGGACACUAUUCAGAAUUUCAGAGCGUAUAAAAAAAUCUUCCACCCUGUCUGGGGACAAGCAGUUUGUGGGGCCAAACCCUCCCCAGGAUCUAAACCCAAACCUGGAAGAGAGUAUUGAGCCCAUCCAAUGGCAGACUGAUAGUCUGGCUGAGUCCUGGGCAUCUGUUGGUGACAUGGAGCCUGAGGUUCAAAGUCUAGAAACCAGUGAGAUGGUCAUGGUUGCAGAGGACCAAAGUGAGAACCACUCCUCCAGCUCUGAUAUCAUCCACCUAGAGGCAGAGCUUCAUGAGAGGGUGGAGUCAGAUGAAGAGGAGGAGGCAGAUCUUCAAAGCAGCAUGCUGAGUAUGCUUGUCAGCGAUAGGGAGCUGGCGGAUAUGAGGGCAGAGAUGGAUGUCAUGUCUUCUGCAGAUCAUGAUUUGAGGCCUCCAGAGACUGUGGAGCUUCUAAUGUCUGUGGAGGAGCCCAGAGUGGAGGAGAUCGAGAUGGAGGAGGCUUCUUCUCAGCCAAUUUUUCCUCACACCUCUCUUCUGCCUGAGCCAUCAGAUUUCACCCUCGCCUCCAUCCCCAUUCCUGAAAUCAUCGCACAGGUCUUAGAUCACCCUCCAUCUCCACAAGAACUUCCUCAAACUCAUGCAACUACAUUUACAACCUCAGACGAAGUUCGGAUCUCUGAAUCUGGUUCUACUAAUGCAUCUGUAUCUCAAGGCCACACAAGAUCGUCUACCCAGGAAGUGGUUUCAAAGGCAGAGCCUGAGCCAGCGACCUCUGGCACUUCACCUUUCGAACUCCCUGUGUUGCUCGUUGGUGGUGCCACUCUGGUGGCAGUAGUGGGAGUACUUACAUAUGCAUUGAGUAGAAAGUAGCAGGACUGUAUUUGUCUUUGAUCUCAACAAUUAAAAAAAGUUGUCUUUUGGGGUACUUGGUUUAACCUCAAUGUAACACCCCCCAUCCCGCACACAUGCUUUCUGCUACUGAUUAAAAAUAAACUAAAAAGCAAUCAUAUUUCAAAUGUUGUCAUAGAAUAUUAUAUAGUCUC